UCAGGUGUAAUGACGUCACUGGGCGCAGGUGAAAGGUGUAUUCUCUCGCUCGUUUCAAAUUGAAACUGCAGAAGCCGUCGAGCAGGAAAUUCCUCUCCGUCGCUACACUCCCUCCGUGAAAACACUCGAGUGGCUCGUCUGGACUUUUCCUUCCCUCAGAUCUUUGGGAGAAAAGACGCCAAAAUGAGUAAAAUCUCCAAAUUGUUCAAGGGCAGCAGCUCGAGCUCCAGCUCCAGCUCCAAGUCGAGCUCGUCCAGCUCCUCCAGGUCCAAACACCACCGGUCCAGAGGCGGACCCACGCCGCAGGAGGCCAUCCACAGACUGAGGGAGACCGAGGAAAUGCUGACCAAGAAACAGGACUACCUGGAGAAGAGGAUAGAGCAGGAGAUCAUGGUCGCCAAGAAGCACGGCAUGAAGAACAAGAGAGGGGCUCUGCAGGCGCUGAAGAGGAAGAAGCGCUUGGAAGCGCAGCUCACUCAGAUCGACGGCACGCUGUCCACCAUCGAGUUUCAGAGGGAAGCUCUGGAGAACUCGCACACCAACACGGAGGUCCUGAACAAUCUGUCCUUUGCCACCAAGGCCAUGAAGAAAGUUCACGAGAACAUGGACCUCGACAAGAUCGAUGAUAUGAUGCAGGACAUCACGGAACAACAGGACGUGGCUCGAGAGAUCAGCGACGCCAUUUCCAGACCGACCGGCGAGGAGUUUGACGAGGAUGAUCUGCUGGCAGAGCUGGCAGAGCUGGAACAGGAGGAGCAUGAGGAGAGCAUGAAGAGAAUGGGCGGACUUCCCAGCGUGCCAAGCUCCAAAUUGCCUUCAGCACGGCACGGCCAGCGCGCCACAACCAAGAAAAGGGUUGAAGAUGAAGACGACAUGCGUAUGCUGGCAUCGUGGGCAACUUGAGUACCUGAAGUCAGCCUUAUUCUCACUGGGUUACAGAGAAUAUGUUUUUGUAAGAUUUAAUAUUGUUAUUUUUCAUUAAAUUUUUAGGGAUAAUGAAGUGCAUUAUAAUAUUUUUUUUAAGGCAUUUGGUCUAUAACCUUCUAAUGCUAUAUCCAGGUUAUAUUUAUCGAGGAAUUAAAAAUGUUAAAGUGAAGGAAUCUACUAAUUUAAUAUGCUUUACUUUAAUAAGCUUUUCUUUUCUUUUCUGCUCCUGUUCUGUACUUCUUCUUGUACCUAUCACGAUAAUCUCCUGCUUAUAUAAACCUAAUGAAGAGAUGAGCAGGACUGAGAUGUUUUUACCAUGUUGAGCAAAAUGCUUCACUCUGUGUCGGACCACUGUAAAUAAACUGAGAUGUUGCAUAAACACUGUAAAUAUAUUGCUUUUCAAUAUUCAACAAUAAAAUCACUCCCAUAAUUA